AUGGGGUGCAUGGUGUCUCAGUUGGCCGCGAAAUUCGCUUUCUUUCCGCCCUCUCCGCCCACCUACAACCUCAAGAAGAGGGACGACGGCAAGCUCACGGUGGUCUCCACGGCGGCGCCCAUCCCCCACGCCGAUGACACCUCCCUGGACGUUCUCCUCGUCGACACCAAGCAUGGAAACAAGAUUGUCGCCUUUUAUCUCAGAAACCCCUACGCUCGCCUCACCCUUCUUUAUUCCCAUGGCAAUGCCGCUGACUUGGGUCAACUCUAUGAUCUCUUCGUGCAACUCAAGGUCAAUCUUAGAGUUAAUCUCAUGGGAUAUGACUACUCUGGAUACGGGGCAUCUACUGGCAAGCCUAGUGAGUCCAGCACUUACGCCGACAUAGAAGCAAUUUAUGAAUGCCUUGAAACUGAAUAUGGAGUGAGCCAAGAAGAUGUUAUCUUGUAUGGGCAAUCAGUUGGAAGUGGGCCAACACUGCACUUGGCAUCUAAAUUGCCAAGGUUGAGAGGUGUGGUUCUACACAGUGGAAUUCUUUCUGGCCUUCGGGUGCUCUGCCAUGUGAAGUUCACAUUUUGCUUCGAUAUUUAUAAGAACAUCAACAAAGUAAAGAAGGUCAAGUGCCCUGUACUCGUAAUACAUGGUACAGAAGACGAAGUUGUGAAUUGGUUACAUGGUAAUGGACUUUGGAAAAUGGCAAGGGAAUCGUAUGAGCCCUUGUGGAUCAAAGGAGGUGGUCACUGCAACUUGGAGCUUUACCCUGAUUACAUCCGCCAUCUAUGUAAAUUUAUCCAAGAAAUGGAGAGCAUGACAACCGAGAAGCGCCUCAAGAAGAUUCGGCAAAGUGCUAAGGAAUCAAAGUCAAGCAUUUGUUCCACCUGUAGUACAUGCUGUACAAUGAAGUGUUGUAGAUUUAAGUGUCCUGAAUGCUCUAAUUGCUGCAGCGACUGCAUGAAUGUUUCCUGGUCUAUCAACUGUCCUGAAUGCUGUUGUAGACCUAGCUGCAUAAAGUGUUGCCGCUUCCCCAAGUUCCCUAGUUGUUUGGGAUCAUCCUGCUGCACAAAAUGCUUAUGGCCCAGCUGCUGUGGUGUAACAAAAUGUUCAUUGCCAAGCUGCUACCCCAAGUGCGCAAGACCAAGUUGCUGCAUGAGUUGUUUCUGCUGGCAAUGUUGUGUGGGAAAACACAGUAAUGGCACAAUUGGAAAACAGAAUGGCUAA